CCACGUCAAGAACAGUAGACAAACAAGGAUGGGCUGGUGUCUACAUUGACGAUGAGGAUCAAGGGAUCAUGGUUCUUUUCUUCAUUGUGGAUCCGUACGAAGGAGACUACAAACAACAACAAAUCCAACUUUGCAAGCUCGAUCACCAGGAAAAAUUUCAAGUAUGCUUCGUGCCGAAUGACUUUCAAGUUUCAAUCUUGAAGGACGAGGAGGCCUAUAGAAUCACGUUGCAGCCGAUAUUUCUUUGUAGUUUCUUUAUUGUUUGUAUGUUUUAUUUGUUGAGAAUUCUGUUUUGGUUGAAUCCAUUUGUUGUAUGAUUGACUCGAGUAUAUAAUAAAGAGGGUUUUUUCUUCAUAUUUAUUUAUCAAUACUUUCUUUUUUAAUAAGUAAACUAUAAUGUUGAA